AUGCCGGAGCCCGUUUUGGAAGCUACGGAGUCCACCAACGCGGCCAUCCAGGCCUGUUUGGAGGAAGGCUGCUCGGUCGAGGCCUUGAUGGAGUUGGAUCAGAAGUUGGCCAAGGACGAGGCCACCAUCAAAAGCACUUUGGACCAACUCCAUAGCUCCCAGGCUGAGGAGUAUUCUGAGGAAGGCAGUGAGCAGAUUGCCUGGCUGAACAACUAUUUGGACCGCAGUGGCAGCCUGCGAGCACAGCUUCAGGCAGUCAAGACCUUGGAGGCCGAGGGCAAUUUGGUGGCGCAGAUCAUGAGGGCGGCAGCUGAGGCCUUUGGCGGCGGCCGCAAGGGCGACUACCCCAAGGUGGGCGUCUCGCCAUACUCCUCUUGA